GAGAAACGCCAUAAAGCUUGUUAACAGUCAGAGAGAGAGGGAGAGAGAGAGAGCGAGCGAGAGAGACAGAGAGUGAGCGAGAGAGAGAGAGAGAGAGAGAGAGAGAGAGAGAGAGAGAGAGAGAGAGAGAGAAUCUGACUGUGGGAAGUGAUGGACACCAAGAGAGACAUGAAACAGAAGAACCCCCGGCACAGACAGCUCACUGUGGUCAUCGCAUUCCUCUUUGUUUUGGGAAUUAUCGCAUUAGUUACGACUGCCGUUGUACAGAACAAGCCUCUUCCCAAGAACAGUAAGUAUGGCAUCGUCCUGGAUGCAGGUUCUUCUCACACCUCACUGUAUAUCUACGAGUGGCCAGCAGAGAAGCAGAAUGACACUGGAGUGGUGCAACAGCUGCAUGUCUGCCAUGUCAAAGGCCCCGGAAUCUCCAGCUAUGCAAUGGACCCAGAAAAGGCAGGGAGAUCUCUACAAGAUUGCAUGGAUGAGGCGAAAAGAAUAGUUCCUGAAAGAAGACAUAAGGAAACCCCAGUGUCCCUCGGAGCUACAGCUGGCAUGCGGCUCCUCAAGCUGCAGAACCCAGAAGACUCGAAAAAGGUUCUUUCAUCUGUGGAAAAAACGCUUUCCUCUUCCCCCUUCGAGUUUCAGGGGGCACGGAUUAUCACUGGACAGGACGAGGGGGCGUAUGGGUGGAUAACUGUCAACUACCUGAUGGGCAACUUCAAACAGGGAAGCGGGUGGUUAAAUCUUUGGCCCAAGCCUGAGACCACAGAGACGCUGGGGGCUCUCGACCUCGGAGGGGCUUCCACACAGAUCACAUUCGUUCCAAAAGGAGAGAUCGAGUCUUUAGAGAGUUCCCUAUAUUUCCAGCUGUAUGGCAACAAGUACAGCGUUUACACACACAGCUUUCUCUGUUACGGAAAGGAUCAGGCUCUCAAGAUCACGCUGGCUAAACAGUUGCAGGGACAUGUUCCAGAUAGCCUUGAAGAUUCCUGUUUCAAUCCAGGGUUCAUUAAAAACAUGUCUGUGGACAGCAUCUACAGCAGCCCCUGCACUGCGGGAGAGAGGAACCCAUCCAGCACCCAGGGAGGGUUCCAUCUCAACGGAACAGGCAACGCAGAGCAGUGCCAUGAAAAAGUCAAACAAAUAUUCAACUUGACCCACUGCCCGUCAUCCAGCUGUUCCUUUAACGGGGUCUAUCAGCCACAGCUGCAAGGGAAUUUCGGGGCUUUCUCAGCAUAUUAUUUUGUAAUGGCUUUCCUAAAUCUGACAACCAGUGAAAGGCCUGUCACACUGGUUGAAGCCAAGGAGAAAUUGAGAGAGUUCUGUUCCACACCCUGGCAGACAUUAAAGGAGAACUUCCCAAACAUUAAAGAGAAGUAUCUGGGUGAAUACUGCUUCUCAGGGACAUACAUCUUGACCUUGCUUGAGAUUGGAUAUAAAUUCAGCCCGGAGAACUGGAACACAAUUCGCUUCAUUAAGAAGAUUGGGGAUAGCGAUGCUGGUUGGACUCUUGGCUACAUGCUGAAUCUCACAAACAUGAUUCCUUCAGAGGCCCCCUACUCUCCUCCUCUCCCUCACGCUGGCUACGUCUCUCUCAUGGUCAUAUUCUCCUUGCUCCUCAUGGGGCUCCUUGUCACCGGAUGGCUCUGCUUUGGAAAAACCACUUGCACAUCUCAGAAAGAAGCUGUUUAACAAUACACACACACAUGCACACACACAUGCACACACACAUGCACACACACGCACACCGCACGCACACACACACACACGCAUGCACACACACACACCACACACCAGACACGCACAAACACAGACACAUACCCACACACACAACUGUGAACCCAGAAUGCUGUCAUUUGUUUCCCAAAGCAGUGAGAGUGUUAUGGAAACCCUGUAUUUCUGUUUGAUUCUCGUCUUUUUUGUUUUUUUUACUAUGUGGUAUUACUGUUUACUUUUUUGGUUUUUUUACUGUGUGGUAUUACUUUUCACUUUUUUGACUGUAUGUUAUUACUUUUCACUAUUUUAGGGACACGAUACCUCAAGAAGAAAAGCCUGCCCUUUGAUAUUAUGUGGCAUACCAGUCCUUUUUACCAGGUGUUAUGAAAUGAUAUUGAGUAAACCGAUGUGGAUAGACUUUUUUUCUGUUGGACACAUUAUCUAAUGCCAGAUAUGCAAGAGCAGGUCAUGUAGCAGCGUUUCCUUCGUGGAUAAUUUCAUAUCUGCUGAAAACGUUCUCAUAUAAGUGUUUGAACCCCAUUUUAACCCAUUGAAGUGUCUUCUGUCGAACUUUUAUUUAACAUUCCUCCCCCUUCAUAAAUAACUUUCAAAGACCUCUAAUGAUGAAAGUCCAGCGAUGCUCAGGAGAAUGCAACAAGGGAUCAAUUACAAAGGGCAUUAUGUCAUUUGUAUUAUUAUUGUUAUUAUUAUUAUUACUGUUUCAUCUUAGGAAACUCUUUUUAAAUGUAUAAACAGAUGCUGCACUGAAUAUCUUAGCCAACUAUAUGAAAACACAACUAUUUUUAUAUUCCUUUUUCUUGUUUUGUUUUUCUACUAUGUAUAUACACGCACACAAACACACACACUCCCACAUGUUCAAACACACGCACACACACAUACACACACAACACUCAACCAAGUAUUAGGACACCCAGAUAGCCUCCACCAAAAGCUGUAGAGAAAUACGCACAUGAUUUUCAGACUUCCACUAGAGGGCAGUAUAGCCUACUUUAUGCCUAUUUCUACUUUGUUUCAUAAAUAUGAAUGGCUUUCUCUGCAAAGCAAUAAACAGUGAUCACAUGACAAACGAUACAGAGCAAUAUAAAUAACAGUAAGUGAUUUAAAUCAAAGUGUUGCAAUAUUGACCCAGAUCACAAAACCUCAGACACACGAUUGACAUGACCUCAAGAGAUACCUAAUUAUUCGACUGCAAAGCAUAACAGAAAUCUCAAUGCUUCCACCUUGUUGGGCCCAAUUACCAACCCCAUUGUUACAAAACUUGCAAGAAACUUUUUUGAACCCUUUCAAAAUUCUGAGUUGUUUGUGGGGCAGUUUCAUUACAUACAUGUAUUGCAAAGAUAGAUCUGGGCCCCGUGUCAUAUUAUUUUUGUAUUAUUAUUGUCUGACAGUCUCGUAUGUAGCAUUUUUGUUCUGUCAUUUUAAUAAACAUAUCUCCAACAACAAA